AGGAUAUUAGCGUGACCUUUUAUACGUGUGGGAUAUUAUACUAUUAUACGCGUGGAAACUGCUCAAACACACUGAAAACAGUUCCAUCGAGUUCUUUCCACCGCUUUCGCACCAUUUUCCUGUCUUUGAAGUACGAAAACUUCGCCACAAUGUUCCUUACUUUUCCCGCAGUCGGUGCGCCAGGGGAACGAUGCACAAGUUCGAAUUUAAUGGAAUCCACCAACUCGCGUGCAAUGUGGAAAUCGUCCUCGAGAUGUUGACGAAUCUUACGCUCCGUCACUUCCGGCGUCUCGUUACCUGAAGCGUUGUCUUCCGGAACACUGGUGAACAUAAGAUUAUUUCUCAUGCUCUGUGACUGGAGAUACGAAACAUCAUCGCGCAAGUCUUCUCGCUCCUUCUCGAGCUCGUCGAUACGUGACGCCAUCUGCGCUGCGUGGACGUCCGCCCCGUCCACCUUGUCUUCAACCCGCUUCACUCGAUCGUCCAGCUUCUUCAUCCGCUCGUCCAAUGCCACCCACAACUUUUUGAUGUCCGUCUUCAUGCCCCCGAUCCUCUUCUCAAUGACUUCAACAAUUUUUAAUUUAUUCUCUACGGACUCUAGUCGGUUACUUAUAGAUUUCAUAAUCUCCAUAAGGUCCCUAUUCGUAGGUUCGGAAUUGCCACCGUCCGCCAUUUUUGUGACACUAUUUUAGCAUCCACUGGCACAAACACACUAUCACUCAGUUGUGUGUGAACUUUUAUACGCGUGGAUAUGUGUGUGGAAUUUUUAUACGCGUGGAUUUGUGUGUGAAAUUUUUAUACGCGUGGAUUUGUGUGUAUGACCUUUUAUACGUGAGGAUAUUAGCGUGACCUUUUAUACGUGUGGGAUAUGUGUGUGACCUUUUAUACGUGUGGAUAUUAGCGUGACCUUUUAUACGCGUGGAUAUGUGUGUGACCUUUUAUACGCCUUGAUAUGUGUGUAACCUUUUAUACGCGUGGAUAUGUGUGUGACCUUUUAUACGCGUGGAUAUGUGUGUGACCUUUUAUACACGUGGAUAUGUGUGUGACCUUUGAUACGUGUGGAUAUUAGCAUGACCUUUUAUACGCGUGGAUAUGUGUGUGACGUUUUAUACGUGGAUAUGUGUGUGAACUUUCAUACGCGUGAAUAAGUGUGUAACCUUUUAUAAGUGUGGAUAUUAGCGUGACCUUUUAUACGCGUGGAUAUGUGUGUGAACUUUUAUACGCGUGGAUAUGUGUGUGACCUUUUUACGUGUGGAUAUAAGCGUGACCUUUUAUACGCGUGUAUAUGUUUGUGAACUUAAAUACGCGUGGAUAUGUGUGUAACCUUUUAUACGCGUGGAUAUGUGUGUGACCUUUGUUACGCGUGGAUAUGUGUGUGACCUUUUAUACGCGUGGAUAUGUGUGUGACCUUUUAUACGUGUAGAUAUGUGUGUGACCUUUUAUACGCGUGGAUAUGUGCGUGACCUUUUAUACGCGUGGAUUUGUGUGUGAACUUUUAUACGCGUGGAUAUGUGUAUGACCUUUUAUACGCGUGGAUAUUUGUGUGACGUUUUAUACGCUUGGAUAUGUGUGUGACCUUUUAUACGCGUGGAUAUGUGCGUGACCUUUUAUAUGCGUGGAUAUGUGUGUUUGACCUUUUAUACGUGUGGAUGUGUGUGUGAACUUUUAUACAUGUGGAUAUAUGUGUGACCUUUUAUACGCGUGGAUAUGUGUUUGACCUUUUAUACGCGUGGAUAUUAGCGUGACCUUUUAUACGCGUGCAAAUGUGUAUGACCUUUUAACAGCGUGGAUAUGUGUGGGACCUUGUAUACGCGUGGAUAUGUGUGUGACCUUUUAUACGCGUUGAUAUGUGUGUAACCUUUUUUACGCGUGGAUAUUAGCGUGACCUUUUAUUCGCGUGCAUAUGUGUGUGACCUUUUAUAUCGCGGAUAUGUGUGUGACCUUUUAUACGUGUGGAUGUGUGUGUGAACUUUUAUACGUGUGGAUAUAUGUGUGAACUUUUAUACGUGUGGAUUUGUGUGUGAAAUUUUUAUACGCGUGGAUAUGUGUGUGACCUUUUAUACGCGUGGAUAUGUGUGUGACGCUUAUACGCGUGGAUAUUAGCGUGACCUUUUAUACGUGUGGAUAAGUGUGUGAACUUUUAUAAGCGUAGAUUUGUGUAUGAACUUUUAUACGCGUGGAUAUGUGUGUGAACUUUUAUACGCGUGGAUACGUGUGUGACAUUUAAUACAUCAUCGGUUAUGUCCGCGGGGAAUUUUUUUGUGACCUUUCUCCGUCCUCUCUAAUAAGAUUUGUUGAUCAGACGAUUUCGAAUAUAUUUAUGUUCAAGAAAUCGUAACGAAUUUAAUUUUCGUCGAGCAUUCGCUAAAAUGCAUUUCAAUACGUCAACAAAGCGGUUCAGAUUCGGGGUUCUGAGCGGGUUAGCUAUCGUUAGAGACGGCUCGGAUCCCUCGUGUGAUGUCGUCAAGGACACGGAAUCAGUGCUUGGCAACGAGGCCGACUUCGGAGUGUUGUUUGACGUGGACGGUGUUUUGGCGCGCGGCUCUACUCCGCUGACGGCUGCUGUGGAAGGCAUACGUCUGCUCAAGGACGACCAGGGCAACCUGCGAGUUCCGGUCGCCUUCGUGACGAACUCGCGCAACUGCAACCAGGACAAUGCGGCACCGAUUCAGAAAUGGCUCGAUAUUCAGGUGACGCCGGACCAGGUUAUCCACGCGCCGACGCCAAUGAAGCUGCUCACGAAGUUCCACGAUAAGCACGUGCUCGUUAUCGGACAGGAGUACCGAGUAGAGAUAGCUCAUGGACUUGGCUUCACGAACGUGUGCACCCUUGCCGACAUCCAGAAGGCGUACCCGCUGCUGGACAUGGUCGACCACGAGAACCGCAACGUCGUCGCCGUCGGCAAUCAUCCUGAGGACACGCAUUUUCCCGCCGUCGAAGCGGUGCUGCUCCUCGGCGAGCCGAUCGACUGGGAGUCGCAUCUGCAGCUACUGGUUGACCUAAUCCUCACCGACGGGAAGCCGGUGAGCGGCCACGUCCCCACGGACGUGCACUGUGUACGCCAACUUCCGGUCAUCGCCUGCAACAUGGACCUCGUGUUCAUGCAUCAGGCGUGUAUGCCCCGGUUUGGACAUGGCGCGUUCCUUGUAUGCCUCGAUGCUCUGUACAAGAAAAUAACCGGAAAAGAUCUGAAAUACACCGCUCUGAUCGGGAAGCCAUGCGAGAUCACGUACUGCUACGCAGAACACGUCAUCAAUGACGUCGCUAAGCGCAUCGGCAUCAAUAAACCAAUCAGAAAGCCUUCUUUCGUGGGCGACAACCCGGACACCGACGUGUUAGGAGCCAACUUGUAUGACCGGUACCUCCAGCGCAACUGGGCUAACGAAGACAACGGGAACACUGAAGGAAGCACCGACCAUGAUCUUCCGGAAUGCCGGACGAUCCCCAAAGACGCGAAACUCUACGAUCUUACGUGUCGCACGAAGGAGAGCCUUCUUGUCGGUACCGGCGUCUACAAGCCGGACCAGCUGACCGGAAGAGCCGACAGCGUCGACGUGUAUUACGGCCACCGAGACAUCAUGAAUGAACCGGAACUUACCAAGCCAACGAGGUUCGUACCAGACGUGUUCCACGGUAUGCAACAUAUCCUUGUGUACGAGAACUUUGAUCCAAAUGCCGUAGCUCUAGUGGAGGCAUGAAACCUCACAAUCUCCACGUGCUGGGAUUAGGUGACAUUCCAAGUGACGUCAGAUCCAGAAACGUUGUUAUUCGUGUUAUCCCUACGAAAAAGAACAAGUAGACUGGUUAACAUUUCAAAUAUGAAUUUUGUGAGGUUCGGUAAGACGUUACAAACACCUUGCUUACAUAUAUAUUGACUUUAAGGCUUCGUUUUAUUCUUCUUUAUGAGCCGACUCUUCUAGGUCUUCGGGCUCAACCGAUGAUCAGUUACCUCCCUUUAUGUCUACUUGAUCUGAUAUUUAUUAAAAUUUUCACCGGAAAUGGAAAAACAUGUUAUUGCAUUUAUACACAUCAUUUCUAUAUUUAAUAUCAAUGUAUAAUAUAUCUUUGAUAUUGAUCUGUUCAUAACCAUUUUUCUACUUGUUAAAUUUGUAAAAGCGUGCAAAAAAUAAUAAUAAUUAAUUCCAAACAAAUAGCAAUUUUAAAAUUUCAUUACAUUGGACAUAGCCGAUGAUAAAUCACAAUGUUUAAUAAAAAUCAUUUUUCCUGUGGGCAAGAGCCUUAAAAUAAGAAACACAUGUAAAUAAAGAAUUUUUCAGUUGUUCGAACUAGUUAAAUGGAGAACAUAUAUUCAAAACCUCAGAUAUUAAAACAGCUGUUCAAUUUGGCCAUGUUUCUAUCGACGGGCGUGUAUUUCUGUCCACAACAUUGUUAAAGAGUACAUUGUUAAAGAGUAAAUCACACAUUUUUAAGGAGUACUUUCUCCAAAGCGUCGCUUAGGCCUUGCGAAAGGCAAUUUUGAGAUUCUCAUCCCAAUUGAAAACCCCGCACCAACAUUUUAUAUUUCAUAAAAUAAAAAAAAUAAAAAAAUCGGCAA